AUGGUAAAGAGCACCGUUCUGGCUUCCAAAGCGGAUGGCACCGUACUUGCUUACCUUGCAAAGUUCAAAGGUUGGAAACGAUGGGCUUCAUCAUUAUUUACUUGUCAAUCCCUUUCGAGUCGCAGUUUACUUACAGUGCCUGCUCAAUGAAGCAUAUUCUCCGGCUCCAAUUAUUAACGCUGUCUACAGCAUUGAUUGGGCGCAGCAGAAGGUUGGUUCAUCAAAAAUGUCUUCACACCCUCUGGUCAUCAAAAAUGUCUUCACACCCUCUGGUUAUUCAAUGAUCAAUGCAUCUCAGAGAAUUCUGAGUAGGUCAAGGGUCGAAAAAGAUCCUGUGACCCCUGAGAUCUUACAAGCCCUCGUGAUAUCAAAUAUAAAAGAUAAAUUUCCGUCUCUUUCUGAUCUCAGACCGGUCGCUCUAUACCCAAUUGGCUACGCGGGGUUUUUCCGUUUUAGUGAAUUACGCCAUAUAGAGGCCUGCAAUGUAAAGUUUUCCCCUCGUAUGUUUCUAUUUUCUUAGAAUCUUUUAAGACGGUCGACCAAUUCCGAGAUGGGUCGUGGAUCGUUAUCGCUAGGUCAGACCUUCCGACCUGUCCUUUCUAGACUUAAGAGGACCUUACAUAUCAGCUUCACAAAUUGACCUCUGAAGAUCUACCUUCCCAACCGUAAUUUUCUGUUAACAUGAAAGUGAGGUACUUCCGUCUUGUCAAUGGAGAGAACCAUUUCUUUCAAACGUGACUUACAUUGAUACCUCUUCCUCCUUUGCUUUCUUAAAUUUUCCACAUGAGCAGUUGGUCUACCGAUUUAAAAGAGGAUUCCACCCACAUCUGUACAAGUUUUGUUUUUAUGUUCGGCAGAUAAUGAUCCUAUGGGGCAAAUACAGCAAGUCUGUGGCUUUUUCACAUGGUGCUGAUCCUCUUCUUUAGUUCUAGAGAAGAUUAAUGAGUGAAAGAGGUCUAUUAGAAAAAUAA